AAGAGUGAGUUUCAAGUAACCGGAAAAACUCUUUAUCCGGCAACUCUCAAUCCCUUUAGAUGCCGGAUAACUGGGAUUCUACUCUUAUUUUGAUGGCAACAGAAAACGAGAAUCUCCUAAAACCGGCUACGUGGUAAGGGAGGUGCGGAUGCGUGGUACCUUCAUGAGCAUUGGACGGUCCCUUCUAGUACGACGCCAGUUAGAGCUUGAGAGGGCACUAAAGGAGAAAAUGAUCCUCUCUGUCAUGCCACCUAAAGUUGCUGAUUGGCUCAUGAAAGAAACUCAGGCAGAUGACAAUGAAGACUCCAACUAUUAUGGAGAAGAUGGUGCCAUUUUGAGAAAGCCUCCCUCCUCAACCCUCCCCUACGCCCCCUUGGGCAAGCAGAAGUUGCCAGUUGUCAAUGUUUCAUCACCACGUCCAUCUCAUACAAGUGACAUCCAGACACUCUUCAGACCAUUUAACAUGCAUGGAAUGGACAAUGUCAGCAUUCUCUUUGCAGACAUUGUUGGCUUUACACGGAUGAGUUCUAAUAAAACAGCAGAGCAGCUUGUGGGUCUUCUAAAUGAUUUAUUUGGUCGGUUUGAUAUUCUUUGCAUGAAAAAUAACUGUGAAAAGAUAAGCACACUUGGAGACUGCUAUUAUAGUGUUAGUGGUUGCCCUGAACCAAGACCAGACCAUGCUCAGUGUUGUGUCAACUUGGGAUUAGCCAUGAUUGAUGCCAUCCAGGAGUUUGACACUGACACCAAGGAAGAUGUUAAUAUGAGAGUUGGAAUACAUACUGGUAAGGUGUUGUGUGGUAUUGUUGGUACAAAGCGCUUCAAAUUUGAUGUAUGGUCCAAUGAUGUUACUCUUGCCAAUCAAAUGGAAUCAACAGGACGACAAGGUCAAGUACAUGUAUCAGAAGCUACUCUCAAGUUCUUGCCAAAGGAUACUUAUGAUACCAUUGAGGGGGCAGAGGUUAAAGGGUUUAAUACAUACUUUAUUCUUGGGUUUGAAAGCAAGAAAGUCAGUGCUGACUUAUUUGGAGGUACUGAAGAACAAUACAUAUCUCAUGAGCAGACAAAGGACAGCAAAAAAGCCUCAAGUUUACCUAACAUACUUGACUGUGGAGCAGAAGCAGAUGGAAAUGGUAACAUGAAAACUAAAACAGGAACUGAUGGAACAAAAAUCAGACGGUCUUUGGCUCCAAUUGAUCUACCCCGUCUAAGACUUCCCAAACUCUCCAGAAAUACUGAGAAAGCGAAAGCAAAAACCACAUCUCUACCGAAGAUCAGCAGCAAAAAUGAUAAUACUGUCAAGCCAUAUGUCGUUCGUGACUUGACUGGCACUGAGAGAGACCUUAAUACCCUGAGUGGCUUUAGGAGAGACCUGGAGGGCUUGAGUGAGGGUGACUGCAACACCCCGAUGACCCUAACCCCAACAAUCAACACUGCACCCACAGUGAUGAUGCAAGCACCGAUUCCCCCUCCACCUACACCUAUUGCACCUCCCCUGCCUGACACCCCAGUGACUCCUCAAACACCCAGGGAUGUAUUACACAACUCGUGGGGAAGUGUUACUGGAAAGGACCCCAGGAAAGACUCUGGAAUUCGCAGUAGAAGAUCAAGCAUACAAGCUCAGUUAUUUGCAAUUAAUGGAAUGAGCCCAGGAGACUUGUUGACACAUCGUGUCAGCGGUUAUUAUACAUCCAGCCAGUCUUCAGUUGCUGACCAUAAGUUUGUUGAAACUGGUGAAGGUGGGUGUGUAGCUGAGCCAAGUAGCAUCCCCCUUAAUGAGAGCCUAACACGAUUUCAUCAGCUGCGUAAACAGUCAGACCUUCAGUUGAUCAAAUGUAUGCAACAGGAUGCAAAUCAUCGACAGUACAUUGUAUCACCACCACUUUCUCAUGCGACAUUAUUUUUUGUGGAUGAGGAUCUUGAAAAACAGUAUCGUCAGCAGGCUCACAAGCCAAGAAAUGAUUCGCCACCAACCUUAGCAUCUACUCAUUUUAAUACUUUCUUUGACAUCUUGGUAAGUGCACUUGUGUACAUAGGAGUGAGCAUCUCCCUGUUCUUGUUAUUUCCUUACACACUGGGUUGGCUCUUACUGUGCCUUCUGUCAACUUGCUGGCACUUACUCCUGUUGGUACUAUGUUCAUCUCAUGUGGUUCGAGGAGACUGUGCUGGGAUGGCAUCCUCUGUUUCUUCACAGAUCUAUGCAAAAUUAACAGCUUGGCACCCUUGGCAUAUUUGUGGUGCUUCUAUUAUUUGUCUACCUCUGGCAGCAGUCAUGUCAAAUUUUUCCUGUGAUCUGUCAGAGUUUGAUAACUAUACAAGGAGGUUUUUUUGUUACUUGGCUUUUGUGGCAAUAAUACAUUUGUGUAAUUUCACACAGUUAAACUGUUGGAUAAAGAACAUAUUAGCAACAGUUGCAACAGUAAUACUGCUGGUGCUUGUAUCGCCAACCCUGUGUCCUUCAGAGGUUGGUCAGCUGGGAGAUGAUUCCAGUAACAAUAGCAGUUUGUCCAUUUCAGAGGUGAAAGAUUCUAUGGCUCAAUUUUCAUAUGAAGAAGUACUAGUUGCAUCAAUAUUGUUAGCAUUGUUAGUAUGGUUUCUCAAUAGAGAAUUUGAGAUCAGUUAUAGACUAAGUUUCCAUGGAUCUGUUAUGGCUAUUAAAGAUAAAGUGAGGGUACAGACCAUGAAAAACCAAGCAGACUGGCUCCUUAACAACAUUAUCCCACGUCAUGUAGCAGACUCUAUUAAGACAACAGCAAAGUAUUCUGAGAACCACAAAGAUGUUGCUGUGAUGUUUGCAUCUAUAGUCAAUUUUAAUGAGCUUUAUGAUGAGGAUUACCUUGGUGGGAAGGAAUACCUUCGUGUCCUCAAUGAACUUGUUGCUGACCUAGAUGAACUUCUAUUACGUCAGGAGUUCAAAAAUAUAGAGAAAAUAAAGACUAUAGGAAGCACUUACAUGGCUGCUUCUGGUUUAGAUGCUAAAGUAAGACAAGGUAACACAGAUGCACAUCAGCAUAUAUUUGAACUAGUUGAGUUUGCUUUAGCCAUGCAGAAAGUUAUAGCAGACUUUAACCAAGACCUCAUAGAAUUUGACCUAAAAAUUCGCAUUGGACUCAACUUUGGGGAUGUAACAGCUGGAGUAAUAGGUACAACAAAGCUUUUUUUUGACAUCUGGGGUGACGCAGUUAACAUUGCAUCACGAAUGGAUUCCACUGGUGUAGCAGGCCGCAUACAGGUGAGUAAUAAAUGUUCAGUGGUUCUUAAUAGACGUUAUGAAUUAGAGCGACGAGGUCAAGUAUUCGUUAAAGGAAAGGAUAACAUGGAUGUCUUCUUACUUAAAGGACGCCGGGAAGACACAUGAUGAAUAAUGCACAGCUGAACUUUGUCAUGAGUCACUAUAGGUAUAAUUAUUGAAACUGACUUUUAUGUAAAUUAUAUGCCAUAGCUUUUAUUUGUGUAAAUAAAGGUGGUUAUAUUUGGGCAUGGAUAACAUGUUUGAGGAAUCACAACAUAUUUUAAGCACAAAACAAAUAUGCGAAGAGAUGUUGUAAAAGCUUCAUUUCAGCAUAUUUGAUUGGGUAAUCGUUUUUCAUUUUAAUAUUGCAGAAAUAUCUGAUGUGCAAAAAUGUUAUUAAUACCUGUUUUGAAGGACAGUAUUUAAUUUUUGCCAAACAGCAAAUUUGUUUGUUGAGGCCAUUGUGUACUAAUAUUGUUGAGAUUACCCUACUCAAAUAUGUAUGCUCAAGUGAAUGGCAUUGAGUCUUUAUCAUGGUGUGAUGUCAUGUUAAGAACAGUUUUCAUAAGCACAAAAUAUACCUACACAUUUAAAUCUAUGCUUUAGGUUAUAAUGAGAGGAUGUUAGUGUAAGAUGAGUGAAGGAAGUGUACUUGUUACUGUUAUGAGAGUUAAUGUUUAUGAACAAAAUAAUGACAAAAGCUAGCUAGUGGUUGGGAGUCAUAGGUGGCAUGUGAUCAGUUUUAUAUACUCUGUAUUUACUAUUUUUUUAGUAUUUUCUUAUUAUUACUGUGUUUAAUGUACUGCAGUAAAUAAGUUUUAUACUAAAUUCAGACAACAAAUAAGUCCUCUUGCUUUGCUUAAGGAUAUAUAUAUAUAUAUA